AGUUGGGUCGCGACCAUGGAGCCUGUGCCGCUGCAGGACUUUGCGAGCAGCCUGGACCCCGCCUCCCUUCCGCGCGUGCUGCGGGUCUGCUCCGGAGUCUACUUCGAGGAGGACAAGCUUCUCACGGAUGCCUGCUUCAUCCUGCUCUCUGGGAUGAGGGAACCAGGCUCUGCCACAGCAGCUGCCAGCAACGUGUUCUGUUGGCCAAGUGGAUUGUAGACGAAGGAGGACCACACAAGGGUUCCGUCUAUGAGCUCUUUGGGAAUGAAUGUUGCCUCUCCACGGGGGACCUAAUCAAGGUCACCCAUAUCCACCUCGAGAAGGUUGUGUGUGAGGACCCAGAGACGGGUCAGACGUUGGAGCUCAACCCCAAUUUCACAGGCCUCUUCAGCACACUCACCAGCCUGCAGAGCUAUAGAACCCUGGAGGAUCUCGUCUCCGCCAUGCCCCAGAACUCCACACAGUGUCCCAUUUACUUCAAGUCAACUCAAAGAAUUGUCACGGAGGCCAGGGUGGUGCCUGAGGAUCAGCCCCUCAGACUUGAGGCCGUGGAAGUACACCACGGGACCCGCUAUGCACGCUGUGUGCAGGCCUCAAAGACCCAGGAGAUCAUCCUUCAUCUGCCCCUUUCCCAGAAGGGACCCUUCUGGAGAUGCAAGCCCAGUGCUCCACAAACCCUGCUCCAAAUCCUGCAGGACCCAGCUAUGAAGGGCCUUAGGCUCACCUGCCCCAGCCUCCCCUGGGCCUCUGUGAUACUAAAGCCCCAGUACCAGCUCCAGGCCAUCAUGCACAUGCGCAGCAGCGUCGUCAAGAUCCCGUCUACUCUGGAGGUGGAGGUAGAAGAUGUCACGGCCUCUUCCCAGCACAUCCACUUCUUCAAACCAUUGCGGCUGAGCGAGGUGCUGGCCCGGGGAGGCCCCUUCCCUCUGUCCACGGAGAUCCUGGAGGUUCCUGAUGGUCCACCCAUCUUCCUCAGCCCGUGGAUGAGCUUCCUACGCAAAGGCCAGAGGCUUUGCAUCUAUGGUCCAGCCUCAUCACCGUGGCGGGUUGUGGCCUCAAGCAAGAGCCGAAAAGUUCCCAGAUACUUCUUGCUCUCCGGAGCCUACCAGGGCAAGCUCAAACGGAGGCCAAGGGAGUUCCCCACGGCCUAUGACCUUUUGGGUGCUCUCCAGCCGGGCCGGCCCCUCCGGGUGGUGGCCACGAAAGACUGUGAUGGGAACGAAGAGGAGAAUCCUGAGUUUUCUUUCUUGGCUGUGGGUGAUCGGCUGGAGGUGUUGAGGUCCGGCCAGGUCUGUGGGGCCCAAGGGCAGGACAUAGAUGUCUUGAUAUGUCAGCGGUUGAAUGAGCAGUCUGGGGAGGAGGAGGAGGAGGAAGAAGAGGAAGGGGAGGAGGUAGAGGACAAAGAACAGGUUCUGCUACCCCUCUACCUCUCUGGUAGCUUUGUGGAGGAGGUAAAUGACAGCCGACGCUAUAGCCUAGCAGAUCUCACUGCCCAGUAUACCCUGCCCUGUGAGGUCAAGGUGGUGGCCAAAGAUUCCCAUCACCCCACUGACCCUCUGACCUCCUUCCCUGGCUUGCGCCUGGAGGAGAAGCUCACAGAGCCCUUUUUGGUAGUAAGCCUGGACUCCCAGCCGGAAAUGUGCUUCGAGAUCCCUCCCAGGUGGCUGGAUCUGACUGUGGUGGAGAUUGAGGGACGGCCAGGCCAGGUGGCUGGGCCGCUGUCUGUCCCUACGGUGGAGGAACUGUCAGAAGCUUUUUACUACGGCCUCCGGAAGCUGCCAGUCUCUGGGAACCAAGCUCCUCCGCCUAGGCCCCCGAAGAAGCAGCAGAACACACAGCGCUGUAAGGAGGGUGGCGUAAAGGCUCGAGUUGUAGAACCGAAGCCAUCCUGCCCACAGCUUGAACGCAAGGCGAAGACCUUGGAAGCCUUCCCCGCGAACAAGUCAAGUGUGUACAGCAAGAUUUCUAACAAGAAAGACCACAAAUCCAAUCCCCAAGCACAGAAUUCAGUGCUGAGUAUGAAACCCAAAUCCUCGAGCUCGCUGGGGAAGUACUCCACCACUGAGUCACAUCUCCCGCCUGACCCAGAUAUAGAUGACCACGACUAUGAAGAAAUUUGAGCACUUUCAGAAAAAACAUCUAGGUGCUCGGGGAAAGCCACACUUCCCAGCUGCCGCCUCACAGGGUUACCAGCUAACUCUUGGAGGACCUAGGGCAGAGUCUCAAGGGACUUAGACUCCGAUGGGCGUGAGACUGACACUACUCCUGCCUCUUUGGGUUCCAGGUCGGCUUGGUCCCAGAAAGUUGCAUGUGACACCCUCAGCCUUAGAACACUGGUGUCCAGAGAAGCCAUUCAGGUUCUGGCUCAUCUUGUACCCAUCAGCUGACCCACUACUAGGCACAGAGAAGAAUCAGAGGCCACCCUUCAGUGCUGCCUGCCUCUCAGUAAAGAGAACUCAGUCUUCAUUAUGUCACCCAGUGUAGGCUGCCGCCUUUGCCUGCUCUGCCCUGUGCCGGGGGGCAGACAGUAUUCUCACGGGGGCUAGAACCCAGCUCAUGAUCGGUACCCAGUAAAUGGCCUUGUGGGACUAAAUGUGGGCAUGUGCUUCCAAGAAUAAAAUCCUAGGGAGGACACUAGUUCAUCAAGUCUGUUAGUGGAACUAAGAGAGCUAAUUUACAAAGGCAGAGGGACUGGAGAGAUGGUUCAGUGGUUAAGAGCACUUUGGUGGGUUGGGGAUUUAGCUCAGUGGUAGAGCGCUUGCCUAGCAAGCACAAGGCCCUAGGUUCGGUCCCCAGCUCCGAAAAAAAGAAAAGAAAAAAAAAAAGCACUUUGGUGCUACAGAGGACCCAAGUUCAGUUCCCAGCACCUACAUCAGGUGUUUCACAACUGCCUGUAACUCCAGCUCCAGGGGUCACCUGCUUCUGGACGCUGUGAGCACUCAGUUCAUGUACAGAGCCGAGCCCCUGCAAGCCUCCACAGUUAGACACAAUCUAAAAAUUUAAAGCCGGGGUUUGUGGUGCACACCUUUAACCUCUGGAGGCAGAAGCAGGUGGAUAUCUGAAUUCCAGGCCAGCCUGACUUACCUAUUUAUUUAUUAAACAAAACUGAGAAGCUGGGGAGACCCAAAGUUGUGGAAAUCUGGGUGAUGCUCUGACACUGUUAAAAAGAAAGCUGUUAGGUGACUUGACGACCCAAGAUCAUCUCAUGGUAAAGCCUCAGAAUAAAAACGACACAUGCUUC